AUGCAGUUUAAUCGGGUCCGUCAGGGAAUCCGAGUGUCCUCUGCAAGCCGAUGUGGGCAGCCCAUGGCGCAGGAGACGCCAUGGUCCAAGAUGCUGGGCUCGGGACAGGCACGAUCUUGGGUCCUGGUCGUGGUGGGUGUGCUCAUCUUGCUCAGGCUUCGUUUGAUUCUGCUGGCUGCAGCUUUGCCACUGGUGGCAUAUUGGCUGGAGGUGAACUCACCAAAGGCUGAGGAGGAAGCUGCUGAAGAGGACGCCGAGCUCGACGAGUCUGACGAGCAGUUAGAACAGGAAGACGAAAACAAAGAGGAUGCCGCAGAAAUCUAUGACCACGGUUUUUGGGCAGACAAAGUGCAGUCCGACAGCAGAGACUUGGGCUUCUCCUGGGAAGGUCGAGACGAGCUUGACGACCUGCUGGACCGGGACCUGGACUCCCACCACAAAGGCUCUCAUGAAGCCAGAGAACACAAAGAGACGCUGGACUUCGACUUCGGUUUAGGCGGAGACACGAAAGACAGGGACAAGGGCUUCGGCGACUUUGGUCUAGGCUUUGAGAAGGACUUCGGUUUGGACCGAGAGCCGGACUUUGACUUUGGCCCCAGUCUGGGCAACGGACACAAGGGGAAAGGCAAGGACAGAGAUGGAAAGGAUUCUCAUAAAGGGAAAUCCAAGGAGCCUCGAGAAGCGGACCCAAAGCAGGUUUUCGUGGCGAACAUCGGGGAAGCUCACGAGGACGAUCUCCGGAGCUUCUUCGAGGAUGCCGGAGAGGUUGAGCGGCUGAAGGUCUUGCGGAACCCAGACGGCGGGUCCAAGGGGAUCGGCUUCGUGACCUUCCGCACUGAGGAACAAGCCCAGAAGGCGCUCAGCUUUCACAACAGGCCGUUUGAUGGCGGUCAUAUUGUCGUGCGGUUGGCGCACGGAGGAAAGGGAAAAGGAGAUCGUGAGAAGGGUGAGAAGGGCGACAAGGGGGAAGGACGCGAGGGACGAGGCGACUUCAGGGGUGACCGUGAGAACCGGGACCGUCCCAAAGGAAAAGGGCGAGGAGGAGGCAAGGGGAAAGUUCCCAUGGCAGACGUGGAGGAUCUCAUCGAACAGGCACUAGCUGGCCAAGAAGGCCCGCUCAAGGUCAGCGACUUCGACUUCACGGCCAAAAAGUUCGUGGCUGAGCUGCACAAUCGUGACCGAGCAGAUGGCGGGUCGCGGUUUCAGGAGGCCAUGGACAUGAUUUUGAAGUACACCUCUUCCAAGGACAGAAGUUCCGUUAGAAAGUGGCCUGCGUACGUGUUCACACUCCUACAAAAGUUUGAUCCAGCGCUCGGCGAAGAGAUGCGAGAGAGAGAUCAGGAACGACGCCAAAAGGGCUCUGGAUUUCGCCGUCCUCGUCCUGCUCAUGAGGAAGAUGAUGGCUGA